ACCUCAACCUCAAUAUCUUCUUUCCUUUUCCUUAGACACUUAUCUUUCUCUCUCACAAAAUACAACCAAUUUUCCUCCCAAAAUUUAGUAAACUCCCCAAAUUUGACAUCAAAACACCCUUUAAAAAAGCCGGUUCGAAUCCUCUGUCCCAAAAUCGUGUCUCGUUCUUUAUCCCACUCGGCCGAUAACCGGCAAAAUGUUCUUAAAUUUUAGACAAUUGAAUUGUUUAGCCAUUAUGGUUAUCUUAGGUGCUAGUGGCAUGGUUAGUCUUGGAGAUUUUGGUAUAUUUGUUUUCUCAACUAUUUACAUGUGUUUUCUCUCCAAGUUUGCCUUCCCUACUAACAACUCUCAAGAUCAAGCCCAACAAAAACCCGUUUUCGACCCGAAUAGCACGAUUCUCGGCCUUUAUAUCCUAUUUGCCGCGGUUAUCGGGCUUUUUUUACCCAUUUUGUACAUACUUUAUGGCAUCUUAGAAGGUGACAAAGAUGGGAUCAAAGCAGCUGGUCCUCAUGUUUUUCUCCUAACAAGUCAAGUUUUCAUGGAAGGUGUUUCGGUUUCGGACCGUUUCUCGUUGCCUAUUCGGGUUUUUAUACCCGUUUUCUUUAAUUCGUGUAGGUUAAUCACUCUUAAAGAGUGGCUUAUAGAGGAGAUGUUGAAGGUUGGGGAAGAUAAGUAUGGUGGGUGUUAUGUUAGGUUGUGUGUUGGUAGAGUUCUUGCUGUUGCUAAUUUGGUGUUUUGGUCUUAUAAUUUGCUUGGGUUUUUGUUGCCUGUCUAUCUUCCUAAAGCUUUUAAGAAGUACUACUCUAGUAAUGGUUCAAGUACUUCAAAGGAGGAUUGAAGAAUAUAGUAGGGCCGUCAAAUCGGAUCAUCAGACGGUUUCAGAAUGGGGUAAAUUCAGUUUGCAUAUCCGAUAAUGUUCUAUGCAGGAUCAUUGUGCUCAUGCGGAUUGAAUAUGUGAAGCCUUUUCUCAGGUCACUUUGGUUUUUGUAAGAUGUCGGUCGAAUCGGAUCGGAUUUUAACAGCCUUUAAUGACGGGGUAUAGAAUCGUCAAAAAUUAACUCGUUCUCGGGAAAAAAUAUUGGUCUCGAACAAGAUUUUGUGACCCGAAGUUAGAAAUUGCAGGGACCUAAAUAACCCGAAAUUUUGUACCGGUUUAAGAUUGACCCUUUUGGUCUGGUACAUAUAAUGUGUAAGAUAUAAAGUAGUCCCGUAAUUUUCGUUUUUCAAUGCCUUCUUCAUUGUGUCGUAGCAAAUAUUUCCUCCGUUCCGGAAAAAUUGUACCAUGUUGACUUCACACUUCCCAAUACAUGAUUUGACUCAUUA